AUGGAUUUCCUUUCCUGGGCAACCAAUUCCAUCCCGGUGGUCGGUCAUGUCAAGGGAAUCGUCCAUUAUGCAGUCGGAGACACUAAGGGCGGACACCAAGCUAUGUUCCAAGCCACCAGAACUGCAGCAGUUGUAGGGGCUGGUACUGCUGGAGCUCUUGCUGGUCCAGCAGGAACUUUAUAUUUUGGUUCAGUUGCUCAGGUAAUGUCCGACAGUGUUGGUACUAUGAUUCUGGAUGAGCCCCAAGGAGUAAAUUGGGCUUGUUCGGAAAUCCAAAACGGGAACGAAGCUAUGUCCCAAGCCACCAGAAUUGUAGCAGUUGUAGGGGCUGGUGCUGCUGCAUCUCUUGCUGGUCUAGCAGGAAUUGUAGCAUCUACUGCUACGAAUGCUCAGGUAAUUUCAGACAGUAUUGGUGCUGUGGUUUUGAAUGAGCCUCAAGGAGUUAACAUGGCUUGUCGGACUGUCGUGGAACAGAAGCCAUAG